CUCGUCGCGCAGGACUCGGUGCCAAGACGCCGUGACUGUUGGACGCACGCAGGCAGCGCGCACUCCAGGCGCACACCGGCUCUCUUUUCUUCCCUUAGAUUUGCUUUUUCUUUGUUUUUUUUAAUCUUUUUCCAAUUUUUUUGUUCCAUCUCUAAACAGCCAGGAGUCGAAAUAUCGCUUGGAGGUAAAAUGACCCGAGAGAAGCAUUAGUGGCGUUAAUCACCAGGCUCCAGUGAAGGCGGCAGUGUGGGCGGCUGAUCGUCAGCGCCGUGCGCAACGGAGAGAGAAAGAGAGAGAGAGAGAGAGAGAGAACAGGUGGAUGGAGAGGAGAGGAGAGGAGAAGCUGGCGGGAUGAAGCUUUCCAGCAGCAGCAGCAGCAGCAGCAGCGCAGCGCAGCCGCGCCGGAGCGGCCGGACUCCCUGUUCUCUGGUGACGAACAUGUCGCCACUAUGGACUUGAGACGAGGACGACGGUUGUUCGUGAAAAAUGUAUCUUGCUCUUUUACCAUCUCCCUGCAGCUGGGAUGUGAUACUUGUGGUUUCUUGUGCAUGAAAAUCCUCAAACCCAAAACCCUGAGCCCCCCAGACCCCCCCAAGUCCUAAAUCCCCUGUUCCCCCUUAUCUACGAAUUGUCCCUCAAUCUUUAUUUCCACUAGCUUUUGCAUUAAAAUCAGUGUUUUUAAGCAGCUAAAUCCAAAGCCACAACACUGUUACCUCUUACUCCUCAUUAUUUUAGAUUACAGCCAUUUGAGUCCCACAAACCCUUUCAGCCACCAUGGCAUUGGAUCCGUGGCCCUUUCUCUCAACUCCCCCAAACACCUCCAUCCCCGAGCCCCUCCUAUACGACAGCUUCUUCCAAGGGAACGAGACCGACCUGGACUCGAACAUCUCCGAGACCAGAGAGCACCACCAGGACAAGACCAGCUCUGUGGUCAUCACCUUCAUCUACUUCAUGGUGUGCGCCAUGGGACUGUGCGGCAACACCCUGGUCAUCUAUGUCAUCCUGCGGUACGCCAAGAUGAAGACGGUGACCAACAUCUACAUUCUGAACCUGGCGGUGGCAGACGUCCUGUGCAUGAUGAGCCUUCCCUUCAUUGCCCUGCAGCUGGCGCUGGUGCACUGGCCAUUUGGAGAGGCUCUGUGUAGACUGAUCAUGAGUGUAGACUCCCUCAAUCAGUUCACCAGUAUCUUCUGUCUGAUGUUGAUGAGCAUCGAUCGGUACCUGGCCGUGGUCCACCCUAUUAGGUCGACAAAGUGGCGGAAGCCCCGCGUUGCCAAGUUAAUUAACCUGAUGGUCUGGGGGGUGUCGAUGUUAGUCAUCCUCCCAACUAUGAUCUUCAGCGGCCUCAACAAGCUGCCGGUGUGUGGCAUCGUGUGGCCGGAGCCCCAGAACGUCUACAACACCGCGUUCAUCUUCUACACCUUUUUCAUUGGAUUCUUCCUGCCCCUGUUCGUCAUAUGUAUGUGCUACCUGCUCAUUAUAGUGAAGGUGAAGUCGUCCGGCAUGAGAGUGGGCUCCACCAAACGCAAGCGGUCAGAGCGCAAGGUGACGCGCAUGGUGUCCAUCGUGGUGGCCGUGUUCGUGCUCUGCUGGCUGCCUUUCUACAUAUUCAACCUCACCUCCGUCACCAGCUCAAUCAGCCCCACCUCCGCCGUGAAGAGCGCCUUCGACUUCGUGGUGGUCCUCGGCUACGCCAACAGCUGCGCCAACCCCAUCCUCUACGCCUUCCUGUCGGACAACUUCAAGAAGAGCUUUCAGAACGUCCUGUGUCUGAAGAGGGUGGCGGGCCUGGACGAGGUAGAGCGCAGUGACAGCAGAGCGGACAGGAGCAGGAUGAUGGUCAACGACUCCGUCAUCAUCAACGCCAACCUGGAGACUCACAACGCCGCUCUGCUCAAUUGCGAGCUGCAGACGAGCAUCUGAGGGAAAGCCAGUUCAGACGUGUUUGGAGCUGCCAAGUGACCUCUGCUCAAUGUUAGCGGGGGAGGGAGGAUGAUGUAACACGGACACAUGAACAAAGUCUAAGUGAAGGGUUUUCAAAGAUUGAUAUUUGAAUGAAUGAGUUCAAUUGCGCAGGUUGACCCUGAGCUAACGCAAGAGUGUUGCAACAGUUGUUUUUGUUUGGACUGAAAUGAUUUCCCACACAACUAAAAAAUCAAACGCUAAUAGAAUUGACUUAUGGCGUCAGAAGAAUUUAAAACGAGACGGAUUGGAGAGCAGACUGCUGUGGACUCACUGGAGAAAAUCUGUUUCAAGUUUAGAGACGGAGGACUGAGGUAGUUCAAGCUUUAUCUGUGACUUUCUUUGAAGGAGUUCUCCAGAGCUAAGGCCCUGAUUGAAUGUGGAAAUACAGUCGAAGAAGUCAGGGGCUGUACUUAAUCUCUUGAGACCUUUGAGCGAUAAAAAUCGACAAACGAAGCGAAAAGAUGAAUAGUUUCCUGGUCAUGUUUCAUUCGUGCCAGCUGAUAAGUCUGGUCUUAAAUGAGGAACGGGGCAGCAGAAUGGCAGUCUCACAAACGGAGGAUGCUCGGAUUCUCUUCUUGGAGGCAUUUUUUGCAUUGAUUUGGAAACGCUCCAGCCUUGGAUCUUGGAUUAUUGAUCCUGGGCAAGUAUGGUGGAAGCAUCUCGAGAGCCGCCCUGACCUUGCUAAGAUCAAAACAGCAUGGCCUUGUAAAUAGGAAAUGUUUUCUCCAUCAAAUUCCAGAGGGAAACUUAUUUGCAUAGAUGAAUUUUUUUUGUUGGAACCAAAAAAAAAAAAUGCUGUAAAAUUCUGCAUCAAGGGUCACUGCAUCCUGGUGUGUGGUGCAGCUAAAAAAAAAAGAAAAAGUAAAAAGAGCCCAUUUGUCAAGCACUGUGUUUAAAAAAGGUAAUGUUUCGUUCUGAUUUCACGCCAAAACGUCACUGCUGUCGCUGCCCUUCGGCUUCACGUCGGCUCUGCCCGCAUGUGCUAGCGAAAAAAACAACCCAAAAAAAACAAACCUCAAUCUCAGAAGAAGACUUGGGAAAGAGAGGAAGGAGAAGAUGGUGAUAACAGGACACGAAGGGCCAAAGCUUGAGAAACGAAGAGAGGAAGACGUGUGGAACAUCCUGUGUGUAUAUAUAUGUAUAAAUGUUCUUUUUUGGAAUAUUGUACUCUUAGUAUGUAACUUCACUCUCAAGACAGUAAUCACAGGAUGCCUGUUUUGGCUCACGCGCUGUACUGGAGUCGGUGGUUUGUCACAGAACUGAUUUACUAUUAGUACAUUUGUGAGUUUGUUAGAUUUCAGCCAAUACAACCUGUUAAUUAAAUAGAUCUAAAUAUUUUCCUCGAGACCCUCCAUUUUAAAAUAAAAAAACUUUGCUUUACACUACAUCAGUGGUCAGAAAUUGGUGGCGUGUGGGCCAAAACUGGCCCGCCAGCAUCAGUAUUCUGGCCCCGGGAGAUGAUCUAACAAAUCUGAUUAUAAAUUAUUUGCUUAUCGUCACAAUUUUUUUUCGAGUUGAGAGCUUUUACUCUGAAAAAAUAUGAACUUAUUCAAAUAGAUUCUGUUGCGUCCCCAUCAUUGUUAGUUUAAGGUAGCAAACGUGGGUUUUUUGUUUCCGACUGAAGACGUUUUAAGACACUUUUGCCUGAUAAAGAUACAAUGUUUUGGCCCCAAUAUUCAAUUGCUUUCAAAUAAAAUUGGCCCUCGACCACAUUUAAUUGCCGAUCCCUGCACUACAUAGUGACAAGAUUAGGCUUGAAAAUAACUUUUGUGUUUGUACAUUCAUUCAUCUUCUACCGCUUUAUCCUCCACAUGAGGGUCGUGGUUGGCGCUGGUGCCAAUCCCGGAUGACAUAGGGCAAAAUGUUGUAGGUAGGAAGGUCACCAGUCCAUCACAGGGCCACAUGUAGAGACAAACAACCAUCCACUCUCACAUGUAAUUUCCAAAUGUAUGGAAUACUUUGUCUAUUCUCACACAGUUUCCAGGGGAAAAUAUGGUUCUCAUAAAAAUUAUUUUAUAGAUCCUUUCUUAAUAUGAAAGAGUUCACAUAAUACGUAAAAUCUAAGAAUUUACAGUCAAAUAAUUCCCUAAAGUAAAUACACAAGAUAUUCUUUAUCUUGUAGAGAGUCCUUGGCCAAGCCCGCGUACACUUGCAAGAUGUUCCGCGGGGACCCAGCGAUGCUGGUUUCCAUGGAUACUAUUUAACGCGAUAACAAAUUCUGUACAUUUCACUAUCAGUGUCACAAAUCAAAUAUCAAACACACACACA